AUGCACCUCUCCAUGCGUAUCGGCCUGCUCCUAUCGCUAGCAUCCUCUCUCCCGCUGGUCUCGGCUAUCCCCCAGCACGAUGACCAGGCAUAUACAUUCCACGCAACCAGCCGCAGUGCCACUGCCAACACAGAUCCGAUACUAGAUGUCCAGAAGGGCUCGUUGAGGGCGCCCUCUGCCUGGACGAGACUGCGGGAUUCGCUCGUCGAGUCUGUUUGGGGCGCCCCGCGACGUGGCAAGGACUGUGAGAUAGAUACACGGAAGCAGUCUCAGGCUACCUCGAAGGCGCCGGCGACGCUGCAGGCGAGAUACGGCGAGGACGUGGUGCUUAGAUUUACGAUAAAGACACAGGAUGAGGUGAAGGCGUUGAUUGAGGCGUCGAAUAUCUUGUUUCUUGAUGUUUGGGGCACGCAUGAUGAAUGGGUGGACAUCCGCCUGUCUAGGGAUGUGGUUCCAUCUCUUCUCGGGCUGCUCCCUGCCUCUCUACGGACAUCUCACACUCCGUUGAUUCGCGACCUCGCGCAGACGAUAUACGAAUCAUAUCCAAACACCAACCCGUCAUCACCAUCACAACAGGGAGCAGGAGCCCGUCGCUUCACUCCGUCCGCCAGCACCUCAAAAUCGAACUCCCAAGGGACGAAGAAUGUCUUCUUCCAGGACUACCAACCGCUUUCCGUGCUGAUUCCCUGGAUGCGCCUGCUCGUGUCCAUGUUUUCAUCCCAUGCCACCUUGAUCAGCGUGGGCACGACCGCCGAAGGUCGCGAUAUCCCUGCUCUCCGUGUCGGCGUACACCCGACAAACAACGCCCAACAACCUCCCAGGCGUAGAACAAUCGUUAUUUCUGGCGGUGCCCACGCCCGUGAAUGGAUCAGUGUCUCCACAGUCUCAUAUAUCGCCUACUCGUUCAUAACUGGCUACGGCAAGUCCCGAUCCAUCACCAAACUGCUUGAACAGUUCGACUACGUCUUCAUCCCAACCAUCAAUCCCGACGGAUACGCAUAUACCUUCUCCACGGACCGUCUAUGGCGCAAAAACCGUCAGCAGACCUCCCUCUCCUUCUGUCCCGGAAUCGACCUCGAUCGCUCCUGGGGGUUCGAAUGGGACGGCAACUCGACGCGUAGCAACCCUUGUUCAGAAAGCUAUGCAGGCGACGAGGCCUUCGAGGCGAUCGAGGCAAGCCAGAUCGCCGCCUGGGCUCGCUCCGAAGUAUCCGAGAAUAACGCCCACUUUGUUGCGUUUGUAGAUCUACAUUCUUACUCGCAGCAGAUCCUGUAUCCGUACGCCCACUCAUGCGCGCAUUUACCCGCCAAUCUAGAAAAUCUAGAAGAGCUAGGUGCAGGCCUAGCAAAAGCGAUUCGCCGAUCGUCGCGAGAAAAUUAUGACGUCAAGGCUGCAUGCAGAGGCAUCGUGGCUGCGUCUGGCGCUAAAGAUAAAGAUAACGACGAGCCAGUCGCUUCAUAUACUCUUGAGAGUACGGCAGGAAGCGCGCUGGACUGGUUCUAUCAUGAUCUCGACGUACGGUACUCAUACCAGAUCAAGCUGCGGGAUCGAGGUAGCUAUGGGUUCUUACUGCCGAAAGAACAUAUCGUGCCGACUGGCAAGGAGAUUUUCCAGGCUACGCUUACCAUGGGGAGGUUUUUGAUGAGUCCGCAUAUCCUCAAAGAUGAUGUAGAUGGAAUGCAGGACGGGGAGGCUCUGGAUGAGGACGACGAGGAUGGGUCGAACCUGUUCCGCGCACAGGGGCCCGAUAUGGAUCUUCAGGCGGAUUUUACACUCGACAAGAGGUCUGGCGAGCACGACGAUGGUUCCGAGUAA